AUGAACCAGAGCAACCACAGAAACAUCAACAUAUCAUCAUUGUCUGGGAGAUUCCAGAAUAGAUUAGCCAUAUUUGAGAAAAGUGCGCCUGUAGGGAAGCACUGGGGAGGCCUUGGAAUGGGUGAGAGGGCCAAGCCUGGCGAGCCGGGGGGCACUCGAAGAGCAUAUGAUUUAUUGUCUCAUCUCCCAUUCCACAUCGCACGCAUUGCGGUCUCCGGACGUCCGGUCCAAAAACUGGUGGGGCCCCCUCAUCUGAGAGGUCCUGCAAGACACUGUAUCCCGACUAAACGACCCGUUGGUGUGAAGUACCACCCCCAGAUAGCUGGCCUCGGGCAAGAAUCGGAAAUCCAGGGGUCAUACCAUACGGGGAUGGAUGAACCCGAGCCAACUCUUUUAAUAAGUCCUUUGUAUACCAGAGGUCGAGCCGAAACAAUACACUGCCAUCCAUAUGACGGAGAGUAA